AUGGGACUUAAUAAUCCAAUACCAAGAAGUUUGAAAAGUGAAUCAAAGAAAGCUGCUAAAGUCCUUGCUUCAUUUGUAAAGCCUAAUCAAUUUGCUGGGGCAGACCAAGUCAUUCCCCCAAACGUUUUGAAAAAUGCUAAAGGAUUGGCAAUUAUUACUGUAUUGAAAGCAGGAUUCUUGUUUUCUGGUAGAGCUGGUUCUGGUGUUAUAGUUGCCAGGCUUCCAGAUGGUAGUUGGUCGGCGCCAUCAGCGAUUGUCACAGCCGGAGCUGGGGUUGGGGGACAAAUUGGUGCCGAGAUCACUGAUUUUGUCUUCAUUUUAAAUAAUAAGGCUGCUGUCGACUCGUUUGCCCAAAUGGGAUCAAUUACAUUAGGGGCUAACGUUUCAGUGGCUGCCGGUCCAUUGGGAAGAAAUGCCGAAGGUGCAGGUACUGCUUCGUUAAAAAGUGCCUCAGCUGUAUUCGCAUAUUCCAAAACCAAGGGUUUGUUUGCAGGUGUAUCGUUGGAAGGUUCUGCGAUUGUUGAGAGAAGAGAGGCGAAUAGAAAAUUUUAUGGUAAUAAAUGUAAGGCCAGAACUAUUUUGGCGGGCAAUGUUGAACCACCACCAGCAUGUGACACAUUGAUGAGAGUCUUAGAUUCUAAGGCUUUCAACAACAGAUUGCCAUAUGAUGAAGAUGAAUUUUACAACGAUGAUUACUAUGAUGAUAUUCCAGAUGAAUUCUCUGACACUACGUCGGCCUCAGGAUCAAGAAGAGGUGUUGGGGUUGGACGUUCAAGAAGAUAUUCAGAUGACUACGGACAUUCCGAUGAUGAUUAUUCUGAUGAGGACGAUAGUUAUAGAAGAAGUGGUUCUGGUGGGGGGCGUAACAGACAACUGUCGAAUAGCAAUGGUAGACGCUCGGCAUGGGAAGAUGACAUUUAUGAUUCCACAGGUUCAAGCAGAAGACGAAAUAACAGUGAUGUAGACAACCUAAAUUCGGCGUUCAGUAACUCUCGUCUAACAGGUAGUGGUCCUUCAAGGCCUCCAACAUCUAGUAAACCAAAUUUUGGGGGAGCUACAAAGACGAAUGCCAAUCAAGCAAUUGCCUUAUAUACAUUUAAAGGAGAACAAAAUGGUGACUUACCAUUUAAAAAAGGUGAUGUUAUUGACAUUGUUAAGAAGUCAGAAACGUCUAAUGAUUGGUGGACUGGAAGAAACAAUGGUGCUGUUGGUAUAUUUCCUGCUAAUUACGUUGAAUUAAUUUAG